AAUAAUAUUCUGUAUUUGAAGUGUUAUUUUAAAAAAAUAUUUUAUAAAUAAUCAUUUAGUUUAUAAGUGUUAAGUAAACUUAAUGUUGUUUACUGUAAAUUUGCAAAUUUUGAACUGUGAAUUAAACAAUUCUUGAAAAGAUGUUAAUAGCAAAAUUGUUGUGCGUGACAUUGAUAAUGAUAACAAAAUGUUGUGAAUGCGCUAAUAUACUUUACGUGAUUCCGUUUACAUCAAAGUCACAUUAUAUACUGCUGAGUCCCAUUGGAUUGGAAUUAGCACGACGGGGUCACAAUGUGACGGUCAUUACAGCGAAUAGGGAGCACAAUCCGCCUUCGAACUAUCACCAAAUUAUGGUUGAUGACGUCAAAAUUUGGGAAGUUAUAGGUGAAGAAAGACCAAAUAUAUUCACUAUGGUCAACUUGCCUGCCGAGAUAUUUCACCAGAAAAUCCUUUGGGGUGGUGGUGCAGCAUUUACCGAAGUUGCAUUAAAUUCAUCAGACGUUCAGCAUCUCUUAAAAAGCGACUCAAAAUUUGAUUUGGUUAUUUGUGAACAAUUCUUUCAAGAGGCAUUUUAUGUCUUGGCACAGAAAUAUAAUGCACCAUUAGCUUUAGUUACAACGUUUGGUAACUGUAUGCGUCACAAUAUACUAACCAGAAAUCCACUACAGUUAGCGACUGUGGUAUCAGAGUUUUUGGACGUGGAGGAUCCUACGAGUUUCUGGUCAAGACUGAGAAACGUUUACUUUGCCGUGUACGAAUUUGUAUGGUGGAAGUAUUGGUAUUUAGAAAAGCAGGAAACUUUGGUUAAAAAAUAUAUUCCCGAUGUAAAAGAUUUUAGUUUAUACGAUAUUCAAAAGAAUUUCUCGGUGAUGUUGAUAAACAGUCACUUCAGUUAUGAUGUUCCAGCAGCCUAUUUACCGAAUAUAAUAGAAAUUGGAGGCAUACAUUUAACUCAGAGCUAUGGAUCGCCCCCAAAGGAUCUUCAAAAACUACUUGAUGGUUCUGAAGCAGGAAUAAUUUAUGUUAACUUUGGGUCAAACGUGAGAAGUGCAGAAAUGCCACUUGAAAAGAGAGACGCAUUUUUAAAUGUUUUUAGAACAUUGAAACAAAUGGUUUUGUGGAAAUGGGAGAAUGAAUCAAUAGUAAAUAAACCAGACAAUCUGAUAACACAGCCCUGGUUUCCACAGAGGGAAAUAUUAGCACACAAAAAUGUAAAAUUAUUUAUAUCGCAUGGUGGUUUGAUUGGAACUCAAGAGGCCAUUUAUAACGGAAUACCCAUUAUUGGAGUACCAAUUUACGCAGAUCAACUAAAUAAUUUACUUCUUGUAGAGCAACAUGGAUUCGGAAAAGUUUUACGAUAUAAUGACAUAAACGAACAUAAUUUAAAAACUGUAGUUAAUGAAGUGUUAAAUAAUGAUUGUUAUAAGAAAAACGCUGAAAUUGUUUCAGCAAGAUUUAAAGACAGACCCAUGACUCCAUUAGAGACAGCAAUUUUUUGGUUAGAAUACACUAUUAGGCAUAGAGGUUCAGAUUUUAUAAAGAAUCCAGCAAUAAAUUUAAGUUGGUUUGCAUUUACAAUGAUAGAUGUUUAUUUUUAUAUUGCUCUUCUAGUAAUAAUAAGCAUUACAGUUGCAAUACUGAUAAUAGAUCUUAUUAGGACGACGAUAAAUUCAAAUCGAAUUAUUAAAUACAAAUAUAACUAAAUUCAAUUGCAAAGUGGUGACGUAAAUUUUUGAAUAAUAUUAAGCAAAGAUAGAAUGUUAAAAAAGUAAAAAUAAUAAAAUGGUAACUUAGUACAAACUAACCAAUUCUAUUAAUACCAUGUUACGUCGUGGCUUUUGUAUUGUAAUUUCUUACAAUAAUUAAAAUAAUUAAACAAAAAUUAUGAAAAAGGAGGACAAAAGAGUAAAGUAUGUCAUCAGCGCUGCCCAGACCCUCUUGUAUCAGAGAAAUUUAUUUACAUAAGUACAUACUGUUAAAUACCUACUAACAUCAUAAGUACUGUAGGUUAAUAUAAUUGUAAAUAUAGCCAUAAUUUACUGAAAA